AGUUAGCAUGUACAAGUCAAUAGGCAUUACAAAUUGUCAUAGUCAGAAAGAGCUCUCGUAACCAAGAGUCAUUGAACCAUGGCUUCCUCCUCUCAAUCAUGGAGCUUUAGCUUCUUCUUCAUGGCAUCAAUAUUGGCAAUCAUCAGCCAACAAAAAGUUGCCGGAGUCUUCUGGCCAAGCCCAUGGCAACUUGCCCACGCCACCUUUUACGGCGACGAUACUGCCUCUGCAACCAUGGGAGGAGCUUGUGGGUAUGGAAAUCUGUUUGUUAAUGGUUAUGGAACAGAUACAGCAGCCUUGAGCUCAACUUUGUUCAACAAUGGCUACGCUUGCGGGACUUGCUACCAAAUAAAGUGUUACCAAUCAAAGUGGUGCUUUACAGGGGUACCAUUCACAACAGUGACCGCUACGAACCUUUGCCCACCAAAUUGGUCACAGGACUCCAAUGCUGGUGGGUGGUGCAACCCACCUCGAGUCCACUUUGACAUGGCCAAGCCUGCUUUUAUGAAAAUAGCACAGUGGAAGGCUGGCAUUGUCCCAGUUAUGUACCGCAGGGUACCAUGUAUAAGGACCGGCGGGCUUCGAUUCUCUUUCCAAGGAAAUGGGUACUGGUUGUUGGUGUAUGUGAUGAACGUCGGAGGUGGGGGAGACAUUGCUAAUAUGUGGGUGAAAGGAAGCAAAACAGGAUGGAUAAGCAUGACCCAUAAUUGGGGAGCUUCAUACCAAGCAUUUGCAACUCUUGGAGGCCAACCUCUUUCUUUUAGGAUCACCUCUUACACAACCAGGGAGACUAUUAUAGCUUGGAAUGUUGCUCCUGCUAAUUGGCAAGUAGGAUUGACUUAUGGGACCAGUCUCAACUUCCGUUGAUAAUUUAAAAUAUACAAGCUGUUCACCAUGGCUCUUUUAUCUUCUUUUUCUUCUUCUAUUUUAAGUCCCGAAGCUUUUUUGUUCGUUCACUUUGGAGGAUUUUCUUUGUCUUGUAUGUGAUCCUUAUUCACAAAAAGUGAACUUUCACCUGCUAUGGGCGUAGAUGCUCAUGUCAAGAAUAUCACUACUUUUGCUUGUUACUUUUAAAGAUUAGCGAAGAUGCCAAUUAACUUGGUUAAUCUCCUGAAUGUGUGUAGCCCCUUUAUCCAGCACAAAUUAGUUAACUAUCGGCAAAAGAUUCAUGGA